GAGAAGUAUGGCACGGUGAAAGGUCCUGGAUCCGACGAGCAACGCCGCAAAUGGCUGGCUAACUUCAUCUUGGAUCCGACGUGUGCUAAGCUCAGGGCCAUGGACAAGGACACCGCGAUCGACGAGGCCUUCAGCUCCGACGAGGAGCAGUGGAUGACAGUUGAUGAGUACGGAGGUCCCAAGGGCAUCAACAAUAUGGAGAACGCUCGCUUGGCCGUGCUAGACUUCGACUCGCGCCCGCACAAGCAGUCCAAGAGGCUCCGGGAUGCUGGCGUCAUGCAGUACAAGAUCGUUACCGACAAGCGCCACAAGCGCACCGGCAACAGGCGCGAGCACGUGGUCGAGGCGGACGCUGACAUCAACGCGGAUGAUUACAGGGUGGCGCAGGCGACCAUGCAGGCUGGCUCAUCAGGCAAAGCUCGCGCCACGCCUGUGGCGGCCACUCCUUUGCCCAUCGACCGCAGCGCUGCGCCCAGCGAGAGCGAGCCGGCAACUCCGAGGGCCAGCCCGAGGCCGACAGAGGGCGGUCCCCCGCCGAGCGACGCCAGCCCAGCACGGCGCAGGGUCACGGGCAAGAAGACGGUGCUUGCUGAGGAGCCCCAGGCCGCGUCUGAGGGCAAGGCUGCGGCGAGUGGAGCUGCAGACACCAAGAAGGGCGUCAUCAACAUCAAGCGCGAGAUCUCUGGCGAGGACGACAGGACCGCCACCCUGUCGGAGGGCGCCGACCAGGCUGAGCUGCUCCGCAUCAAGCAGGCCAGGGUGAAGGAGUGCAAGACGUUCAUCAACAAGACGCGGACGGAGCUCAAGGAGGUCAGCGUCUUGAAGGCCCGCAUCGAGAAGAAGCCCGCGUGGGGCCCGCGCGCUGCCGUAUUCCUCCAGCAGAAGGCUGACGAGCAGCUGGCCGCUCUUGAGGAGCUCUUUCAAGAAUAUGUCACCGCUUGUGCCGUGGAGGCCCCCGUGGAUCUGACCCCUGAGAGCAGGGCUGCCUUCCUCGAGACAAUUGACGACCUGGAGGCCUCCCGCUUGGCCAGGGCAAAUUCCUACAAGGUCUUCUGCAAGGAUGUCCUCAUGGACUUCUCGAAGUGCUGA